AUUGUUCGACUCACCGGCCACCACUGCUGCUGCUCUGUUCAAUGCUCUGAUGAUUAUACAAGUUUUGAAUACUUGUCUACAGUUGUAGACUCUUUUGAUGGAUGGGUACCAGCUUUCCAUCCAAUGCGCAUACACACUUGUCUCCGCCUUGUUGAUACCAUAGAAAGGUUGGGCAUCGAUAGCCAUUUCAGAGAUGAGCUCCACAGUAUUCUUGAUGAAAUACAUAGGGGUUGGCUUGCGAAAGACGAAGGGAUAUUCUCUGAUAUCAGUUGUCUAGCCAUGGCAUUUCGACUGCUACGAACCAAUGGAUAUGAUGUCUCAUCUGAUGAAUUAGCUAAGUUUGUCGAUGAAGACAAAUUCUUUGCUACAUGUGGAAUACAAAACACCUGUGUUGCGACAUGUCUUGAACUUUACAGAGCUUCACAAGUACGAAUAUACGAAGAAGAACUAGUUUUGGAGAAAAUACUUUCAUGGAGUAGAGAAUUUCUAAAGCAACAAGUGUUGAACCAAAACAUUCCUGACAAGAAACUACGUGCAGAGGUGGAAUAUGACUUGAGGAAUUUCUAUGGAAAACUCGAUCGGAUUAGUCACAGACGAAGCAUCGAAUUAUAUGAUGUUGAAGAAUUUCAAAUGUUAAAAACAGCAUAUAGGUGCCGUACCAUUUACAAUGACGAACUUGCCAUGUUCGCAGUGCAAGACUUCAGAAUCUCCCAAGCACAAUACCAAGAAGAAUUCAAACAAGUGCAGAAGUGGUUCAUCGAAAGCAAUAUGGAUUGCAUAAAACAAUUGCGGAACACUUGUCUAGUUUCUUCGGCAUUGGCUCUUGGUGCUAUGGCAGCUGACCCUGAAUUAGCGCAGAUUCGUGUAGCCUUUGCUCAAUGCUCGACUCUUGGAACAUCGCUUGAUGAUUUUUUCGAUAGUUAUAAAUCCAAAGGAGAGGCCACCAACCUUGUAGAAUUAUUAAGGAAUUGGGAUAAGCAGAAGCUGGAGGAGAUCUCUUACAGCUCUAGAGAAGUAGAGAUUAUGUAUACCGCGACAUGCAAAACCAUAGGCGAGCAUGCCGAAAAGGCUUUUUCAGUGCAAGGCCGUUGUGUUAAGCACGAACUACACAAAGUGUGGCUUGAGUAUCUUAUGGAGUUUCUGAAUAAGAAGGGAUGGGGAGAGAAGAAGAUUACAACCAUGGAUCAAUACAUAUCCACUUCUCGUAUAACUACCGGUGUUGUAAUAGCUAUUGUCACAGCCUGUUAUUUUCUAGCACCAAAAAUUCCCGAUGGCUUCUUGUCAAGUCCCGAUUUCUAUACUAUGUCGUACCAUACAACCUUGGUCGUUCGACUCCUCAACGACAUCAAUACUUACAAGAGGGAACAGAAAGAAGGUUCCUUGAACUUCAUAUGCAUGCUCACGGCUGGAGGAAGUGUCUCGGAGGAGGAAGCCAUUUCGAUGGCGCAUCGAAUGAAAGAAGACAGUCAAAGGAAAGUUUUGCAGAUGCUUUGUAUGAGUAAAGGAAACAUGGUUCCCAGAAGAUGCCAAGAAUUCAUGUGGGGGACAUGUAAGAUUGCCAAUUGGCUCUACAAUGAAGAUGGCAGUGACCAAUUCUCAUCGCCGGAGAAAAAUGUCGAGGAUAUUAAGGCAUUGAUUUGGGAGCCACUCGAGCUUCCUCUUAUUGUUGAAACUUGAAGGCUAUCAAGAUGAUGAAUGCAGAUGGUCUCAAAGUUAAAAAGAUAUUUGACGACUACCUAGUUAUCUUAAUUUUCAAUAAGCAUCUAUUAUCUAUCUUUU